AUGGCAGCUUUAAAUACGGGUAAUAUUGUAGCAGUGAAAGAAUUUUUAAAGAAUCAAAAUCAAGGAGCAAAUUUAGUAACAGCCUCAUCGCGUACAGUUUUGCUUAUGGAUGCCACCGGUUCUAUGGCAAGUUUACUAUCUGCUGCCAAAGAAACUGUCUGUACAAUGUUUGAACGAGCUGCGGGCAUUUUAAAUAACCUAGCAUUACCUAGUGAUGCAUUUCAAUUGCAGUUUGUCGUAUAUAGAGAUUACGAUUGUAGAGAAGAUGGAAUUCUUCAGAGUUCUCCUUGGGAAACUAAACCGAGCAACUUGAGAAAUUUUAUGAUACCGAUAGCUCCUAUGGGGGGCGGUGAUUAUGAAGAAGCGAUUGAAAUAGGACUAUGGCAUGCGGUUCAGCAGAGUGAACAGCCAGAUAGCAUAUCUCAAGUCAUUUUAAUAGGAGACGCACCGGCAAAAGAAAGACCAGCAAUAGCUAGGGACAGAAAUGCUAGUGGCGGUGAAACGUAUUGGAGUAGAACUAGGUACAAAACACCAACCUAUUACAUGGAUGAACUGCAAACGCUGAAGGCUAAAAAUAUUCCUGUGCACACAUUUUAUCUUCAUGAUGGUGCAAAAAACAAUUUUCAAAUAAUUGCAAACGGAACAUCAGGACGUUGUGAGCGGUUAGAUAUUAACUCUCCUCAAGGUGCUGAAUUGCUCACGCAUUUUGUAACCGAAGAAAUUCUAAGAAAAACGGCUGGUGAUAAAGGAAAUACCGCAGUGUACCUCUAUAGAAAAAAGUACGUGAAAGGUUUUACGGGGUAAACAGAAAUUCCUAGAAAAAAAAACAUUCAAACAUUUUUACACUGAAAGAGUUCUCAUUCUCCGUUAGCUUAAAUUUAAGAUCACUUUUUAAAAUGUUAUAUUGCUUAGUACUUCUGACAUGUAAAGAACAUACCAAAUAUAGUAGAUGACAUAAUCGGAGCCCAUCAGUCUCUUAGCCAUGUAUUGUCUAUAAUGAUUUGCUUUUUUGUGAUUUGUUUUAUUGUCAUCAAUUGCAUUCACUAAAUACUUUUUUGUGUUUUUUCUUUUUAUUUCUUGAUUUCUAUUCUAACAAUUUCAUCUUUUGCUUCGCUUUGUAUUCACAAAUUUUAAACAUUCUUUUUUCAUAAUAUAAAUAUGAACUAAGUUUUUCGAAAUAAACAUUACUCUCUUGUCAUUCUGUUAAUCCAAAAUCAAUCUUGGUGAGACGGAUGC